ACAUUUAAACUGCUGCCUGCCCGUGCAGCAGCUGAGGAACCAUGGAUUUCAUUUUAUAGAGCAAAACCACAGUAAAAUUGCUCAAAAUCCUUCCUGCAGCUGUUUGGCAACAAUGAAAGAAGAGAGGUAAAUCCUAUUUUUUAAAAAAUAUAAUCAGACCAGUACAUUCUAGCUCUAGCUGCUUCACAUUGCAGCUCACCACUAAAAAAUAUGGAUACUGAGAAGAGAAUACAGCACUGCAUUGUCCGACAAGGAAAAUACGAGAUGUAAAAAGCUUCAAUGCAUCAAUUGUGGGGGGUAGACAGAAGUGCUCCAAGGAGAAUGGACAACUAAAGCUCUUUUGUUUAAAAUUUAAAAGGAAAAGGAAAAAAAACCAAAAAUAUCUCAGAAGACCACCACACAUAUGAACAAGGAAUAUAACUUGGAGACAAGCAGACAGAUGGACAAAUUGGAUCCUGUGAAAAGCAAUCGCAGGAAGCAGACUGUUGGGGGAUGUGCGCAUGUUCGAUAGCAUCUUUUUUGCUGAAGUGAUGGCGUGCCAAAAGUAUUUUCAGUGAGCAUAAUCCUCUCACCAUAAAUGGCUUGACCAAGGAAGAGUGAUUUAAGAGGAAAGCCCUUAAGAUCGGACACAAUUUAAAAAUGAUUACCAAAGAAUAGCACUGGUUCAGAAGAGAGAACCAUCAUUUUGUUCUGCCAUUAUCCCAUCCCCCAUCAUUGGAUAUUUACAACAUGCUUCAGUGGAGGAGGCGACAUUGCUGCUUUGCUAAGAUGACCUGGAACGCCAAGAGGUCUCUGUUCCGCACCCACCUCGUUGGUCUGCUCUCUCUUGUCUGUCUUUUUGCUGUAUUUCUUUUCUUUAAUCAUCAUGACUGGCUCCCGGGCAGAGCCAGCUUCAAAGAAAACCCCGUAACCUAUACCAUCCGAGGGUUCCGAUUCACAAAGGGCGAGACAAACCACAGCUCCCUGAGGAACAUCUGGAAAGAUGUAGUCCCUCAGACUCUACGGCCUCAAACCGCCACCAACGCCAAUCACACAGACUUAUCCCCGCAAGGAGUCACUGGCCUAGAGAACACACUCAGUGCCAAUGGAAGCAUUUACAAUGAAAAGGGCACUGGACAUCCACAUCUGUAUCAUUUCAAGUACAUCAUAAAUGAACCUGAAAAGUGCCAAGAGAAAAGCCCUUUCCUAAUUCUGCUUAUAGCUGCAGAACCUGGACAAGCAGAAGCAAGACGGGCCAUUCGACAAACUUGGGGAAAUGAAAGCCUGGCACCUGGAAUUCAAAUUGCUCGCAUUUUUUUAUUGGGCUUGAAUGUUAAGUUGAAUGGCCACCUUCAGCGCUCCAUACUGGAAGAAAGUAGGCAAUACCAUGACAUUAUUCAACAGGAAUAUUUAGAUACUUAUUACAAUUUGACCAUUAAGACCCUAAUGGGCAUGAACUGGGUUGCAACCUACUGCCCACACAUUCCUUAUGUUAUGAAAACUGAUAGUGAUAUGUUUGUCAACACUGAGUACUUAAUACAUAAGCUAUUAAAGCCAGAUCUGCCUCCCAGACAUAACUACUUCACAGGGUACCUGAUGAGGGGGUAUGCGCCCAAUCGCAACAAAGAUAGCAAAUGGUAUAUGCCACCAGACCUCUACCCCAGUGAGCGUUACCCUGUGUUCUGCUCUGGGACUGGGUACGUUUUUUCUGGAGAUUUAGCAGAAAAGAUCUUCAAAGUCUCUUUAAGCAUCAGACGUUUGCAUUUAGAAGAUGUCUACGUGGGGAUCUGUCUCGCCAAGCUGAGAAUUGACCCUGUGCCCCCUCCCAAUGAAUUUGUCUUCAAUCACUGGCGAGUUUCUUACUCAAGCUGUAAAUACAGUCACCUAAUUACCUCUCAUCAGUUCCAGCCUAGUGAACUGAUCAAAUACUGGAACCACUUACAACAGAAUAAGCACAAUGCCUGUGCCAAUGCAGCAAAAGAAAAGGCAGGCAGGUAUCGUCACCGCAAACUGCACUGACAAGUUGUAUCCCAUGUGCAAUCUGUAAAUACUGCGGAAAGCAUGUAGAGUAAAAACUGAUGAGUUUCAUGGGGCAGUUUUUAGUUAAUUCCCCUCAAAGGAUGGAAUUAAAAAUAUAUUUUUUAAUUUCUGAAGAGUUUAAUUAUUAAGACAAAAAACAAACAACAAAAACAAACCAAAAGGCAUCCUCAGAGAAAUCUGUGAAACAAUCUGAAUAAAAUCCUACUGUGUGCAAACAUGCAGUAAUAAGCAGGCACACUUCAGUGGUACAAUUUCUAGUUUAUGUGCCAAUAAAAUAUAAUCCACUCUAUUUUCCAUACACAGUUUAGAGAGAUGGAGAUUGAGUCACAAAACCCACUUCAUAUCUCAAUCAAUUUUCUGUUAUAGAGGAUUACUGUAAAUACAAACAUAUACAAUCUGUUUUAAGAAAACUUAAAACUGUACAAAGAAAAAUCUUUCUUUGGCCUACUACUCUAAAGUAUUUUCAUAGCUAUACUCCAUGAAUUAAAACUUAGUUAAAUUAUCCCAUAAAACAUUUACAAAGAUCAAAAGUUUCACAAUAUAAAUCUCAUCAAGUUACUAUUUUUAACUACUGAAAUAAUCAUUUUAAUUUAACACUGCUCACAAAAACCAGAGAAGUAUUAUACUGAUAUGACAUGUGAAAAAAUGUGAACAUCAGUGUCUCAGGCUAUAGUUUAAAAACAAAGUCACUAAACAGCAUCAUGUUCACAAAGUCUAUUUCCUUCUAACAACAUUCAUUUCUUAACUCAUUCUGACUAGAUCUGCUUGGUGCAUCCUUCUAAAGUUUUAGUUGCAAACAUAUUUGAUUCUAAAAGAUUGAUCAUGUUCCU